UCUUCCAGGAGCCUAGCCAUGGCGAGCCUGCUCCUGUUCCUGGCACUCUUCGCUACGCCCGUCGCCUCCAUGCUGUGCCCCAAGCGCUGCACCUGCCAGAACCUCAUGCCCUCCUACACUGUCCUCUGCACCAAGACAGGCCUGCUCUUCGUGCCGCCGAACAUUGACCGGCAGACGGCCGAGCUGCGCCUCAUGGACAACUUCAUCACCACCCUUCGUCACCGUGACUUYGCCAACAUGAGCAGCCUCAUCCACCUGACGCUGUCGCGCAACACCAUCAGCCAGAUCAAGCCGUACGCCUUCGCCGACCUUCAGGACCUGCACGCCCUCCACCUGGACGCCAACCGGCUCACCAUGCUGGACGACACCCACUUCCAGGGCCUGGUCAACCUCAGGCACAUGAUCCUUGCCAACAACCAGCUGCACAGCAUCUCAGAGGGGGCCUUCCAGGACUUCCUGGAGACCCUGGAAGACCUGGACCUGUCCUACAACAACCUGGUGAACAUCCCCUGGGAGACCAUCGGCCUGCUGGCYAGUGUCAACACCCUCAGUCUGGACCACAAYCUCAUAGAGAUGGUCCCCGAGGGCAUCUUCUCCAACCUGCACAAGCUGGCGCGUCUAGACAUGACCUCCAACAAGCUGAAGAARAUCCCUCCAGAUCCCCUGUUCCUGAGGAUCCCAGUGUAYGCUAAGCUGAAGGGUUCUCCACUCACRUCCCUGGUGCUGAGCUUUGGUGGGAACCCGCUGCACUGUAACUGYGAGCUARUGUGGCUGAGGAGGCUGACCAGGGAAGAYGACCUGGAGACMUGCGCCUCYCCCCGAGAGCUCGCCGGCAAGUAUUUCUGGACYAUCCGCGAGGAGGAGUUUGUGUGCGAGCCRCCCAUGAUCACGCGGCACACCUCCAAGAUGUUUGUGAUGGAGGGUCAGGAGGUKAGCCURCGYUGUAAGUCAGUGGGYGACCCGGAACCWUCCACGCAUUGGGUCAGCCCMGAGGGGAAGCUGAUYGGGAACACGUCCCGCACCAUCUGCUAYGAGAAYGGCUCKUUGGACAUCCUCACCACCACUGUGAAGGACUCUGGGAAGUUCACMUGCAUYGCMUCCAAYGCCGCYGGCGAGGCYACRGCGCCSGURGAGCUGGUGGUUAACCCCUCGCCACACUUUGACCMCAAGCUGGAGCCCGAGCCUGGCCCYUCGGACAUCCCCACCUCCAUCAAGUCCAAYGCCAGCGGGGGCCACGCCCGCACCGACCAUCAGAGGGUCAGYGUGUCGGAGCUGAGCUCGACCUCGGCCACCAUCCGAUGGCCCCCUCAGGACCACAUCCCGGGGGUCCGCAUGUACCAGAUCCAGUACAACAGCUCCUCCGACGACAUCCUCAUAUACAGGAUGAUCCCUGCAUCUCAUAAGUUCUUCCUACUCAGUGACUUGGCCACUCAACGGGAUUAUGACCUGUGUGUGCUGGCGGUGUACGACGAUGGCGUCACGGCCCUAACCGGCACCCGCCUGGUGGGCUGCGUGGCUUUCACCACAGAGCGCGAGUACCGUCAGUGCCGCUCCCUCCACGACCAAUUCCUGGGCGGCACCAUGAUCAUCGUGAUCGGCGGUAUCAUCGUGGCGUCCGUGCUUGUCUUCAUCUUCAUCCUCCUCAUGAAAUACAAGCUGCACAGCAACCAUUACAAGCAGAAGGCGGCACAUGUCAGCAACGUGUGCUCUCAGACCAACGGAGGCCAGGCGGCGGGCGGGGGAGGCACUCCCAUCCCCCCUUCCUCCUCAGGCUCGGCUAAUAAGCCCAUGCCUCCUGGCCCAGUGGACAGGGUAGGGCACGACGGACCCCAUCAGGCCUCGGAAGGGGGCUUCGGAGGGCCCUUGAAAGGGACCACCGUAGUGGACUUGAACCCAGACUACGGGAAGUCAGUGAAGGACGAGGAUGCUAUAUCACAAUAACACAGGAUCUGGGACUUCCCCACCCCGCCCCCUUUUUAUUUCCUGGUGCUGGGGUCCCUCUGCCUUACCAAGGAUUAUCUCGUGUCCAAGAUUCGCACAUCACCCAUGCUCGUCUUCUGAGGUGGAGGGAGGGAGAAUGGAAAGGUAAAGUCCCCCUGGUUCAAGGAAGUUGGAAAAACAAACUCAAAAAAGAAUACAUAUGAAGCAAAGAACAGCAUUAGGAGUAGAGAUGGGUGGAUGCCAUGGAAUCGCUGUGUUCCGUCACUUAUGCAAUUCUACCUGGAACUGGGAUGUAAUCCAGCCCUGUGGAGUGGAGGGAAAUGUAUUCCAAAACCUGGGGCUUCUUUCACUGUGUGAGGAAUGAGUUGACAACCCAGACGCCUCAAAUUCCUCUCGGAAUACUUUUUGGGAUUCUCAUUGGAAUUGCCUAUUACAGAGGAACACCCUUGGAUGGUUUCGAUGAAAUGUUGUGGGUUUCGUAAUAAAGCUCCACUCUCCCUUAACGAUCGGUCACAUGCCAAAGGAAUACAAUAAGAGAAGGCGAUACAGUGUUUUGUUUUCCUCCCCAAGGGCCUUGGAAGUGUUAGCACACAUCGAUGUCACGUCGAUGCACCACUAUCAAACGGUUGUUCGGUGAUCUCUAGGGCGCUUUAUAAUCUUUAUAAUCCUCUCUCGCUCUCUAUCUCCCUCUCUCUCUCUCUCUACCACUCUCUCUCCCGCCGUCUAUAUGGACAACUGAAUAGUAUACUCAACAAUUAUGAGAUCAAAUGCAUCCAUUUUGGAUGACGGUGGAAAAAUAUAUAAUUAUUUGGCCAAAAACAUGGGCUCUCAAGAUGAGGUCAAAAGAAGCACCUGGUUUGGUUUGAUUACAUGAAGCUACAGCACAAGCAAUGCAUUGUGGUUAGAUGGUGAAAUGGUGAGUUAGGUUUCAUUCUGACACAAACUUUACAGAGAGGAAACUGACCCUAUUGUAUACCACUUGCCGAUGGAACACGGAUCAAAUACUCGUUUUCCCCUUACUGUUGACUGUGUAUGUAUUUGUAUGUGAGMUACACCUUCAAUCUUCUCUGAUUUGAUACCCAUAUUUCCUUUGAAUUAUGAAGCAACAAUAAGAAAAAAACGUGAGAUGGAAUUUUAUGCUUUCAUAGGUAAAAUAUGUGGAUUUAUAAAGAAAUAAAAUUAUUUUUCUUG